AUGCCCAGCCGUACUUCUUCUCCAGUCGAAGAACACCAAAAUGUCUUGUCUGCUGCUAUCAGUCAUGGAUGUACAAUGUUGCAUCCUGGUUAUGGUUUCCUUGCUGAGAAUGCUGUUUUUGUUGAGAUGUGUAGAGGACAUGGAAUCAACUUCAUUGGCCCAAAUCCUCACAACAUUCGUGUGAUGGGGGACAAAGCAACUGCUAGAGAUACCAUGAAGAAUGCUGAUGUUCCAUGUGUACCUGGAGAUGUCUAG